AUCCAGCUGCAACUCUUCUGGUGGUCAGUAUGGUGAAACCAACCGCACCUACAGGCCUAAUGGUGGCAAGGCAAGCACACGAUGCUCACGCGCUUCUUGUCUCGCCUUCCGACAUACACAACCUCCAUCCAUCCGAUUGUCUCCAACUCGGUGCAGGCCCUCGCCCUCGGCACCUAAUAUCUGGCGCGCACACGGCAUCACUACUUAAAGUUCACCCUGUCCGCUCAUCUUUGAGUCCGGACAUUCCAUCAACUUCCCUUGUUACUUCACCCACCCCCGCAUUUACCGAUCAGAGACAUCGCCAAUCAUGGGUCGCCUCCAGAGAAUCGGUAUCCAUCUCAAGGAGAUCUUCACUACCGGCCAGGGUUACUACAUCAACGAGCAUGGAGAAACCGUCUACGGAAAGUUGCCUCGUGUCAAGGUGGAGAAUCCGCUCACGACCAUCCGCCGGCCUACCUUGAUGAACUAUGUUUAUUUCAUGGUUGGAUGGAUGGCCUGGACUAUGGAUGGAUACGAUUUCCACUCCGUAUCGCUCUCCAUAUCGAAAUUAGCGACAUACUACGAACAUGAGCGGGAGAGCAUCAGUAUUUCCAUCACCUUGACGCUUCUCUUCCGUUCCGUCGGUGCAGUCAUCUUUGGUCUUGCGGGAGAUUUGUACGGCAGAAAAUGGCCGAUGAUCGUCAAUCUGCUCAUUAUCGCCGUUCUGCAACUGGCGACCGCGUACUGCGAGACUUUCGAGACGUUCCUUGGUGUGCGGGCGCUUUUCGGUAUCGGAAUGGGCGGAAUCUGGGGACUGUCCGCAUCCAUGGCACUUGAGAACAUGCCUAUGGAAGCCCGUGGUCUGUUCUCGGGAAUCCUGCAGCAAGGAUACGCCCUCGGCUACCUCAUCGCGGCCGGUUUCAACAUGAGCAUCGUUCCCGCGUCGAAACACAGCUUCAAGAUGCUUUACUGGCUCGGAGCAGGACUCACCGCCGCCGUGGCCGUCGCGCGUCUCUUCUUUGCCGAGUCUCAGCAGUUCAUCGAUGCUAAGAAGAACAGCGAGGUCACCGGGAAAGUAAAGAUCCGCUUGUUCAUGACCGACGCGAAGAAAAUCCUCAGGGAGUACUGGAAGCGGAUGGUCUACGCCAUCAUCUUGAUGGCGCUGUUCAACUACAUGUCGCACACAAGUCAGGACAUGUACCCUACCUACAUGCAACAGACCAAAGGCUUCUCGAGCCAAAUGUCCUCCAAAGCCACCAUGAUUGCCAAGACCGGCGCCGUCGUGGGCGGCACCUUCUGCGGGUAUUACAGUCAAUUCUUCGGUCGCCGCGCCACCAUCAUCGUCGCGUGCGCCUUCGGUGCCGCUCUGAUCCCGCUCUGGGUCCUUCCGACCUCCUGGGGCACUCUCACCGCCGGCGCGUUCCUGAUCCAAUUCAUGGUGCAGGGAGCCUGGGGCGUCGUGCCAAUCCACCUGAACGAGCUGUCGCCACCGCAAUUCCGCUCGUCAUUCCCGGGUAUCUGCUACCAGCUCGGCAACAUGAUUUCCGCGCCGGCGGCGCAACUUACCUCCGCCAUCUCCGAGAGCCUGGUCAUCGUUGUCGACGGCGAGCACAGGCCCAACUACGGCAUCACCCAGGCCGCUAUGAUGAGCGUCAUUUUUGUCCUCCUGCUCAUCUGGACUGCCUGCGGAAAUGAGCAGAGGGGAUCGCACUUUGAGCUGGCCAAGGCCGCCGGAGACGCUGGGACUGACGAGAAGACGAAACAGCUCGAGGCGGGUGAGGCGGAGCUCGAGAUGGUCGAGCGCGUUACUACCGCCCAGGCCUUGGGGGACGAAAAAGCAACAGUUGGGGGGAAAUAGUGGCCUGCGGGCCGGGCGAUGUACUUUUUGGUUGGAGGAAAACGGAGGUGGUGGAUUGAGGAAUUGAAACGAAUUGAAUCUUUGCGCUCGGAUCAGAUCUCGAGAUGUUGCCUUUGUAAAGUGCCGUG